CUGCAAGCACACUGGAUUUGAGUUUGUAACAAAUGUUGGAAAUAUGACUUGCUCAGAGGAAGCAGAGGCACAAUUAGCAGAGAUAGAGCUGCUAUUAAGCAUGUUUCCAAGUGAAGAAGAGUUACAAGUGGACGAGCUCUCCCAUGCAGAGCUCAGGGCUUAUGUGGAGGGCUCUGCUCAUACUCCCCCCAGUUCCAGACCCCAAUUCAACAUCAAGCUGAAGGUGGAGAACCUUGCAGUAAGUGUGGUGAGCAUUACAUUGUUGUGCACUUACCCAGCUGACUACCCGAAAGUGUUGCCAGAUAUUACUGCCAGAUGUUCUGAGCUCAGUAGAUCACAGCAGAUGCUGCUUCACUCCAACCUCAACACCUACCUGUCUGAAAACUGCAGUGGUGAUGUGUGUAUUCUGUCUGCUGUGCAGUGGAUCAAUGAAAAUGCACAAGCAUAUAUCAGUAAAUGUGCUCCUGUCCGCGAUCCCAAGAAGGAAAAUGUUUCAAUGCAGUCAAAAGAAACCUUCACUAGACUCUGGAUCUACAGCCAUCAUAUCUACAAUAAGAUGAAGAGGAAGAACAUUCUGGAAUGGGCAAAGGAGCUGAACCUUUCUGGGUUCAGUAUGCCGGGAAAGCCUGGUAUUGUGUGUGUGGAGGGUCUGCAGUCUGCUUGCGAUGAGUUCUGGGCCAGGGUGAAAGUUUUAACAUGGAAAAGAAUUAUGAUUCGUCACAGAGAGGAUGUCCCUUUGGAAAACAGCUCGAUGGAGGAGAGAACGGACUCCCUUCGCAAGUUCACUGGAUUUCAUGAAGCCAUUUUUGACCCUCACGGGACCAGAGGAAACCACAUGGACCUUGGACAGCUUUAUCAGUUCCUUAAUGACAAAGGAUGUGCUGAUAUCUUUCAAAUGUACUUUGGGAUUGAGGGAAGAUAAUAGUUUGUCUGUGUCUGCUUGUGUGCACAUCAUUUCUAUUUUUGCCUUAUUUUUUGGCUUAAUAUUGACAUCAUUACACAUUUUAAAACAGGAAAACAAUUUUAUAGUAAAGACAAUGAAAUGUGCAAUCCACAUAUUAGUAGGGUUGUAGUUCUGCAUCACUGUUGUCUCAAAAGGAUGCACCUGUGCCAUCAAUCCUCAAAUUUCUCAUCUUCAUAAAGAUGGUUUAUCUACCUGUGCUGUCUGGAAUUUUGUGUUUCAGCAACUCACUUCAAAUGGAGUUUAUCGUCCCUUUGUGGAACACAA